UAGGAAGCAACAGAGCAUGCGAGUGGUGUCGUGGCUUUUCUAGUAUCUUCUCCCCUCUUCCUUUCCUGGAUUGUCCACAAGCUUCUACCAUGUUCUCGAUGGAUUUGGAUCAACUCUGCACAGUAAUUCCGAUCCAAUCCAUAGUUUCAUUGGGCCUCAACUAUGGGCUUAUUUGCUUGUUCAAAAAACAGAACAAUGAACUUACCCGAUUGGUCCAGAAGAUUUUGGAAUUUUCUACGCAUCAAUUUUGAACCAAAAGUCAAAAAGGGAAACGAAAACACCAGAACACCCACGAAAUAUCUCAAAAUUUGUAUGCCACGUCCUAUUUAAACCCCGAAGUGCGCCUCGAUUUCGGCAUCAGCAACAAACAAGAAGAAAAGAAAAUAUCCCAAUUCAGAUUAUUGCACUCUUUAAGAAAGCUUUGAAGUAAGCAGAAGUGAGAAAUGACGUCGCUGAUUCCAAGCAUUUUCGGUGGGCGUAGGAGCAACAACUCGGACCCCAUGUCAUUGUCAUUGGAUGUUUGGGAUCCAUUUGAUCGGGAGACAUCUGCUAUGGCCAACACCCGCAUCGACUGGAAGGAGACCCCAGAAGGCCACAUCUUCAAGGCCGAUCUUCCGGGGAUGAAGAAGGAGGAAGUGAAAGUAGAAGUAGAAGAAGACAGAGUCCUGCAGAUCAGUGGAGAAAGAAGCAAAGAGAAGGAGGAGAAGAAUGAUAAAUGGCAUAGAGUUGAACGAAGCAGCGGGAAGUUCGUGAGGAGAUUCAGGCUGCCGGAGAAUGCUAAAGUUGAAGAGGUGAAGGCCAGCAUCGAAAAUGGAGUUCUCACUGUGAGGGUGCCCAAGACGAAAGAGAAGAAGCCUGAAAUGAGAUCCAUUGAAAUCUCAGGCUAGACAUUUGUUUGUGUUGGUCUUUGUUUGUGUCUUAAGUACUGCAAUGUGUGAAUGUCAAGGUUUGAAGUUGUUGGGUGCGUGUAUGAAAAUUAGUGUAAAAUGUAAUAUAAGCAAAUAAGCGAACAAUAGUAUCAGCCUACUAAUAUACAUACAUUUUGUGUUUCAACC